UUUUCUUAUCGUAUACUGUUCUAGUGAUUUCCGAGAAACCGAAAGAGAGUUGGUUCUACUGAAAACUGAAAUGCGUAUAACCGGCGGCGCAAUGUUCGCUGCCAAAAGGGGCAGAAGAGUGAUGUGAAAAUUGUCAAAUAUUUUGUGCGAGGUGGUGUCCCGCGGUGAACUUGAUACUGUUCUAAAAGACCAUCGCGAUGUCCAGUACCCUGGAAAAUAAGAUUUUGAAUUUGCAAGAGCGUCUCAGAGCAGAAAAUGAAUCGAGAGACAAGGACAGACAAAGUGGCGAGGUUGGACCAGGAACGGGCAUUCAGUCGUCAUCCACGGGAACUGUCUCGACUUCUGCCUCACGACCUCCGAUCCCGACUUUAAAAGUCUCACAGAUACCUCCGAAGAAACAAGAUAGCGAAUUUGAGUCGAAACUACAGGAAAUUAUGAAGAUGAAUGGUAUUUUGAAUAUCAACGGACAGAGAUAUCAAACUGAAAUGAAAGAUUUGGAACACCUGGGUGAGUUGGGAAACGGUACCUGUGGACAUGUCGUUAAAAUGAGGCAUAAACCAAGCGGCGUACUCAUCGCUGUAAAACAAAUGCGACGUUCUGGUAACGCGGAAGAAAAUAAGAGGAUAAUUAUGGAUCUCGACGUUGUGUUGAAAUCACACGAUUGUCCAUAUAUCGUACAAUGUUUGGGAUGUUUCAUCACAGAAUCCGAUGUAUGGAUUUGUAUGGAAUUAAUGGCAACUUGUUUAGACAAAUUACUGAAGAGAACUAGACAAGCAAUGCCGGAAGAAUUUUUAGGAAAAGUUACGGUUGCUACUGUAAAGGCAUUGUCAUAUCUCAAAGAAAAACACGGUGUAAUUCAUAGGGACGUAAAACCUAGUAAUAUUCUUCUCGACGAAAAAGGAGGGGUAAAGUUAUGCGAUUUCGGUAUAUCCGGUAGAUUAGUCGACAGUAAAGCAAAAACCAGAAGUGCGGGAUGUGCUGCUUACAUGGCUCCCGAAAGAAUAGAUCCUCCCGAUCCAACGAAGCCAGAUUACGACAUACGAGCAGAUGUGUGGAGUUUGGGUAUUACGUUAGUAGAAUUAGCUACCGGAGUAUUCCCUUAUCGAGAUUGUAAGACUGAUUUUGAGGUACUGAGCAGAGUAGUACAAGACGACCCUCCAUCCCUUCCAUCGGAUGCACUCUUUUCAAAGGAGUUUAGAAGUUUUGUGUGUUGCUGCCUUACAAAAAAUUACAAACAUCGUCCAAAAUAUCACAAGCUCAUGGAGCAUUCUUUCAUUCGAAAAUACGAUGUACCUCAAGAUGACGAAACAAACUCCUCUGUUCUAAAUUCUGGCUGUCAAUGGUUUGGCAGGGUUAUGCGACAAUUAGAACCAAGUUUCAGAUUGUCAGGGUGGCAGCAGCGAGUUACCGGACAUGUAUCUCUAAAACAAACGGCUCAUCUCAGAGCUCAAUCCGAAGUACCAGCUUUUUUAAGAAGCAAUGUCACCAAAGACUCACAGAAUUCCAGUUUUCUGCCGUUUCAUCAACGAUCAAAUAGCGAGAAUGGUGCGAAUUAUGUAUCUUACAGUCCAUACGCUCUUAGACGAAAGGAAAUAUCCAGGCCGUUUUCUCCUCCUUCGUCGAACGAUGUGGACGCAUCGGAAACGAAUUUUCAACGAUCCUAUUCACCGUACAGACAACACGUCGAUCAAAACAGAGACUACUCUUCGAAUCACUGUUCGAUUAAUGGACAGGGUAGACAAGAAGGAAGACCGUUCUCUCCUUAUCGACAAGAUGCUAAUGUAGAUGCAGGGAACAGACUGUAUUCACCGUACCACGGCCGCUUUACGGAAGAUCGAGACAUCCGCAAAGAACGAUGGCAAGGUGUUUCUAGAUCAUUGAGUCCGUUCGCUCGUGACUACUCACCUUGGAGGCGAGAAAACGUCGAUCCUCCAAAUGUAGUGCAACCAACGGAAAGUGGUCGUUAUUCACCGUUUCUUCAACAACGACUAGGACAAACCCCACCUGUGCCUCAAACUCAUCCGCAAUCGCAAGAUAUUUAUGGUAGUCCCAUGAUUAGUCGUAAAAGGUUUCCUUCCGAACCUCCCCCACAAGGUUCUCAUGGUUCUACCAGCCCCGAAUUAUUAAUAUCCCGUUUUGCACAUCAAAUGAAGCAAGAUCCUCCACCUGUUAUGCCACCAACACAGACUGGAUCAAAAGAAUCCGCUAAGAAGCGUUUCGCUUCCUACGUUCGUCUUAGGCUCGGAAGUGAACGUGCACCCUCGCCGGAACCACCACCAAGACUGAGUCGUGGUGAAUCUCCUCUCGUUCUUAGAAGGAAUUUAGUGGAUCAAGCGUCUCCUUCUUUUGCACGAAGGUACGUCUCGUCCUCGCCGCCUCAACCUCCACCGAGGAGAUUGUCGGAAAGCAAUUCCGUGCCCGGUAGUCCUCAACAUGUACGAGCUCGUCUACGUUACACCCCCGAACCUCAGAGAAGACCUCCGCCACCAUAACCCACCGUUACGAUUAACUCGUAUUCCUUGCUGGUGCCAUAUGCGAUAAAAGUAACUGAAUUAAUCAUAUGUACCACGUAGAAUGGUGUUGUAAUCAACGAUGGUCGUGCACAUAGAGUGGUCUGUGCACAGUGUACUUGAAAACAAUUCUAAACCAAAAAAUAGUUGUUUGUAAUACUCGGUGACACCGUGAACUAUAACGUACGUAUUUUAAUCGAAAAAAAGACUCGAAUACGUACCGUGUAUGAUAUUAUUUUACAUUUACCGAGCACGGAGAAAGUUCUUCGUAAAAACGAAACGAAAGGUUAGGCUUCUAGAUUCGAGAGGACGGUCUUUGGGAUUAAUUUUCACGCGACUUUCUUUCGUGGCUGUAACGUAACGCGUUGAACUACUUUGUCAAUAAUUCUCUUGUCGACGUGUAUUUAUAUAUUAUAGGAUGCAAUCACCGAUGCAAUACGAUGCUCAACUUUUUAUAUUGCUUGUAAAGAUACAGAUAAAUGUAGUAUGUUCGACGUUUUUCUAAAAAAAAAAAAAAAGAAAAAGGAAAAAAUAAUAAUAAACAUACACACAAACAAAGCAAAGAUGAAGAAAAUCGUUAAUAGGAGAUGCGGCAUCGUACUGAACGCGUAAACCGUUCCUAUCACACUUCGUUUACGCUUCUGUUUUAAUCGAGGGACACAAACGAGAGAAUAUUUCGAACAACUCGCGAAAAAGCUCUCUUCUCUUCCUCGAGCGGCCUUGCAGUAUCUCUGCAACUCGACUUAGCAAUGGCGAUAUUUUUCACGUUUCAUUAUUGUUUGUAACAAUACCAAACGUAUACUGCGAUCGCAGUCACGAGUCGAUCGAAUGAAAACCAAAUCGUAAGAGUUACAAACGACGUCUCUAAGAGGAAAGCACAAUAUUCACGUCUCCUAGAUUCUGCGACUUUCAACAAAUGUAUAUUAUUUAAAUAAGAGGCGUGUUUGGGCUAGAACGUUGUAAUUAUUAUUUUUAAUUAACAUUUAUUCAUUAACAUUGUUCAGUCUACACCCGUAAUCACCUUUGUCGCUUAUUUGACAAAAGGAUCUGUUGCAAUGUAAAUAAACUUAUAUUUAUACGA